AAGACGAUUGAUGUGCAUGCAAGAGCAAGUCGUGUACUCUGUCAAAACUGUCUCGAUUGUCAUCAAAGCUGUCGUGAAGGUUAUCCUUCCGUCGUUAUUUGUACCUCCUGCUCAUCGGAGAAAAAAAGUCAGUUCUUCGACGAACACGAACUGGCUGAAGCAGAGAAUCAAUGAUUGCGACACUCAACAUCACUCAUCUAUGAACGAAACACGAAAAGAAGAAUGUAGGAAAGCGAAAGUUGUAGAGAUUGUACGACAUGUGGGGUGUGGUACUCCUGCCGCCUGCAAGAGGUGCAAAUAAGAGACAAGAACACCUAUGAAGAAUGAAGAGUCCUAGUUCUUGGCAGAGGCAGGACUAGACAUGACUAUGAAUACUUAGGUAUAUUACUUUCUUCUGCUCACUAUCAUCUACAACAGCACGGGAUUACAGUCAUUUUCAUCAAGCCAAUUCAUGAUUUCUCGAUUGUAUUCUGAUCAAUUGGUAGUACUUUGAUGUCAUAUUCUUGAUUGAAAAAGCUCUAUGUGACUAUACUAGACACGACUGCUCAGCUUCAGAUUCAAUUUUUCGUCAUACUAGUAGAAGUAGUACCUGGAUCUAUCAAAAAUGGACAUCGAUUCCGGUCCGGGCAUGAGGUACGGCGGCGAUCGAAAUGCAGCUGGUAUUCCCCGUAGUUGUUCUUUCCCGGACCAUUUUUUACUUAAGCACAAAGUUAAAUUUCUAAUUCUAAAAAGAGCGCUCUGUCUUGUCCCAGUAGUCUUGACACAUACAUUUUUUCCGUUCAGGCCGUUCUCAAGGCAGAGACUCUGUCAAGCGCGGACGAGAGGACACAAGCCGAGGUCCGCGCGACGACCGGUUGAAGAGGCAAAAGUCACUAAUGGGGGUCGAACCAGUAGGUGCACCUUCAACCUCAACAGGUAAUAUCAUCGGUGCUGGAGGUCUCCUGGUUGGGGGAUCCUCAUCUGCUUCUUCAUCUUCUGGUGCAACUACUACACUGUAUUCAGCUAUGAAGAUGACGGAGCGCACACGUUAUCAGCAGGAUGCCACUAACCCGAAUAGUACACGCAAUACACCGAGAGGCAGUUACACAAGAGGUUUUCCUGCAAGUCCGCAACGCCUUUCUGCUGGUGGCGGAGGACCGGGUCAACACAGCACUACUUCAUCUUCUGGAGCAAACUACAGAAGCAAUAUUACCUACAGCAGCAGUACUUCUAGCACGACUUCUGGACUCCAACAUGGACCACAAGUAGUCGGCCUCUACAACAGCAACCAUCAUCAGCAGAUGAAUCGUGGUGGUGGGGGAACCUAUAACAGGUACGGAGGUGGAGGGCGUAUGAGCUCCAGUCUCAUGCCAGGACGAGCGUCUAUGGCACUGGGAGGAGCCUCCAGAGGGAAUCAAGGCUCUGGUGGAUCAUCUGGGUUUCCUAUAGGGAGCAUAUGGGACGUGUGCAAGGCAGUGGAGGACUGUCAACUUGAAAGCUCGAAUUUCGCGAUCGAUGCUCUGGCUGUGCCGGCUGUUCUUGGUACUUGUCUACUUUCUUCGUUUUUAAGAAAUUCUAAUUUGCAGCAUCAAGCAUGAAGGAAUAAAUUCUGUGGGAUAAGAUGAUAGAGACCCUCCUCUCGGCAAGCGCCGUGAUAUAUCCACUCCUCGCCGGCCUCUUGAUUCCUACGGAAAAACUCAGGCCCUCGUGGAUUCCAGUUAAUCGCUCGUUCUUUCGGCCUCUCGAAAAUUCAAGCCGGUUGGAAGACUAGUCGUUUAGGACAAAGGCGACCGACUCUGAUUAGCUUUUGUCCAUCGGGUUCUGCCAGUGCAACACCUGGCACAAGCAGCACCAGCACAUCAACUUCUGGUUCUGGUGGCGUUCGCUGUCUCAUCUAUGAAAAAGAAGGCAGUGGUACCAAGCGAGAAGUCUCCGAAGAGGAGCUCGAGAAAUUUAUAGGCCUCGAAAACGAACGCUGUGGAGAACGCAUUUUGUUGUCGAAUCCAGUUCGAGUUGAAAUCAUCUCUCCCGAAGUCGAAGCUGAAGUUCAGAUCUUGGAUUUGCCAGAGCAAAAUCCAGCAUCCACAAGUGCGGCAAUGAAUGUGAUACAAACUUUUUCAAGUAGUCAAGCACAAGCACAAUCUUCACAAGUUCCGGCUGGACGUGCAAAUUAUGGGAGUGGAAGGUACUACCACGAAAACGUCGGUCCUCGUUAAUUAUAAUAUAUUGGGCUCAAGGUAAAAACCAAAAAUCAAACCAUGGAGUGAGUGUUCAAAAAUACUCUGCUUCUAUUAUAGAUACGUAGAAUAUAAUAGGGAGAACUACACCAUGUUCCAUUCACUGACACUGUAAGAUCAGCUUCUUUUCCUUGAUGAAAUCUUUUCAAAAACUUAUCUACCCCAUAAACAGGCAUCUUUUCCUGGAUGAAAUCUUAUUUUCAAAAACACUUAUCAUUAUCUAACCCAUAAACAGGCAUCGCAGUGAGUCUCAGCUUUCUAGCGCCGCAGAAGCUUGGCCCGGAUGGGUGAAGAAGAUGUGUCGCGGAAAGCCCAUUGUCCUCGAAAAGCCUGCCGACGGUUGUAAUCAUGAACCUGGUGCGGAGUACUUCAUUCUUCCUGGCGCCGCUCUUGAGUAUGAUCCGGCGCAACACCCAACAAGCGGCGAGGGAGACCAAGGCGCAGGUGCAGGAGACGCAGUUAUGUCGGAUUCUCUUGCUUUGCCUGUUGGAAGUGUUGUGGGUGCUGGAGAACCGGUAGUGGUCUCAGACCACGAUGGCAAAAUGGACGUUGAUCACGAGAUUGCAGCUAGUCAUGCAGGCCAGAUUUUCCGACCGACCUGUCGUGUGAAGUUCCUGAGCGCGAGGGCUAAUCUGGUUUCCUUCCUCCUUGGAUACCAUGAGAAAACCUUUUGCAAUCGUGUGGCUCCGCAAUGGUCUAAAAUGUUGCAGCGCAAGCUAGGCGAUUUGGACACAGUCCACAAACAAGUUCUAGAACUCGAUAGGGACUUGGAAUCCACUGUGAUCUUGGCUAGAAACGCAGGAGCCAGCGUUGCUGCAUGCUCCACUUUCCUCUUAGACGGCAGCAUUCGCCAAAAUUACUGCCAACAGAAUUUGUUUAUCGGCAGAGGAGGAGGAUGUGGAUUCGCAUCAGAGAGCACGUCAACAUCUUCAACAUCAAGCAAGAACAUGCUCGCGGCCGCUUCAAAGAAGCAAACUUCGUACAGCAAAUUGUGGGCCGCACCUGCUCAACAGUCUAGUGCCGUAACCGGCCUGAAUUCUUCAUCCUCUUCCGGCCCAUCAUGUUCCAGUUCAAAAUCAAAUGCCAUCGUUGUAGGUGAAACGCUUGGCACAGAGCUCGCGGAAUUUGCGAAAGAUGAUCCAGAAGCUACACUGCCUGACAAAAGGUUUGGCUCAUGGGCUGAACUGGGCAAAUACUAUGAGACGGUUGGGAAACCGCACUUCUUCGACCAAGAGGUGUCUGGUGGGGCUGCACUUGCGAGGCUAUUGAAGGAAUGCGAAGCUAGUGUACUUACUUCUACAACAAUCUAUUUCUAUCAUGAUAUAUGAAAAUACAACAAUUACAAUCUACAAGCAUGAUAUGAUAAAGAUAAAUAAUCUGCAUCUCGUGCUUUGUAGUUGUCAGAGAGAAGCAGAGCAUACACUAUUGAAUUUUUGGGUGGAAAAUGAAAUUCUACUUUCUACAUCACCUGAAUGAAGAUCAUCCACCACGACAUCAUCGUCCCGCGUUCCACAGGUAAUGUUCGCCACCGCAGCCUUACCCAACACCAUGCAAGAGGUGCUAGCCUAUCUAAAAAAAGAGGUAACGCAAUCUGGUGGCGUCGUUGGCGGCAACAGUAGUACGACUUGGCAAGACGUUGUGACCAAGAUUUUCAAGGCGUGUACUCACCAAGUUUUGCAGGAUCAAGCUUUGUAUGUCAGACGCCGACUGAAUUGGUUCCUACGAAGGCAGAAAGACUCGGUCCUUGCGUGGAUGCGGUCACUGCAGAACUCAGCAGAUGCGACGUGGUAUUCAAGGCUCUACUUAAGGCUUCAAGGAAUUCAUCUUAGCUAGCUCUAGCAUCUUGGGGCCGUAGCUAGCUCUAGCAUCUUGUUCUCGGGUCCGUUAUUUCAAGUUCAACAUAGGGGGCAACCACGGGCACCAAGAUGCGCCUCAAAAUGGGGAUUCGUUCCUGGUGCUUCUAAUCUACACGCAGCAUGGUGAUUUGUUGGCACAGAGACAGGAGAUCAGGAGAGCAGUUUUCCGCGUUUACGAUGAGGCUAUCGAAGAAGAGUGCACCGCUUUCGAGAAAAUCGUCCAGCAAAUGCUCUCCGCGAUUUACAACAAGCCUAAUGCUUUCUUGGCCAAGAAUGACCUUCGAGAAUCCGAGACAGAUGAGGUCGAGGAGUUUUCGCAGUAUGUCCUCAACUACAUUGCUGAGGCUGAGGGGAAGAUGUGCUACUUGCCUCCGGAGCGGAAGAUCGUACUGCGGCUGGACAAGUCCUGUACCUUGAAAAUCAAUCGGCAGAUUGUGGUGGAUUUGACACGCAAAAAGAGGAGGACGCAGUACAGUUGCAUUGUUGGCAGGAAUCCGAGCUUGGUGACCGAACACAUAGACGAUAUGCGUGUGUCGAGUACGCAUUUUGCUAUUCAAGUGCACGAAGGCCGGAUGGUUUUAGCCGAUAUGAGUUCGAACGGAACGUUCAUCCAAAGGCACAGCGGCCUCAUCUCAAAGGUCGGGAAGGACACGUCGACAGAAAUCCACAUAGGCGAACGCAUCGGAGUAUUGCAGGGACCGCAGAUCCCAGAAGCAGAACAUGUGUGGUAUACAGUGGACGAAUGGAGAGCAAGUCAAUUUCCUGGUGCGAAUGGAGGAACGGAAGCUGAAAACCUUCAGCCUGUAGGUACUGCAGUACCGGAUCCGAUGAAUACGACAAGACUAAACGAUGGAAAUUAUGAAAUGAUAGAAUCGAGUUCGAGACGAUGACGAGACGGAUUCAUUUGUAGUAAGAUUGAAACAUGAAGAUCCUAAGGCAUUGCUCAUGCCUGUCUCAUCCCUCUCCUGGCUCUACUCGAGCCUGUUGUAUCGUCCCAGACAACGCGGGCCUUAAACCUUGAACCUUGAAGUAAGUAUGUCGUUAUGUUCAACUACUUCUGAUUUCUAUGUCCUAGUCACGAUCUUCACGAUAACCUUCUAAGUCCUCCCCUCCGCAGCCCUAGGCCAACAAGAUGUGAAUAUGGGAGGCGAUCCAUCUUCGAUCGGCGCUGAUGUCAGCAUGGUGGCUGCCGAGAAUUUUGAGGUUCCGAAUGUGAUAAAACAACGACCUCAAGUGCUCGAGAAAGAUCGAGGUAAACGCCUACGCGCAGCCAUGAUUAGAGUGCGGGAAGAAAUGAGUGUGAAUCGCCGAUCCGUAGAAGUGACCAAAAGGCUAGAUCGCAGGUUCGACACUCAGGAAGUCGACACAUACUUGCCACAUGCAGCGAGACACAUAUUGAAUGCGUUCCACUCGGUGAAGCGAUGGGUACUUUUUUUCCCCAGUACACUGAGUAGUGUCACAUCGUCUACCUAUGGGAAAAUGAAGGAAAGUUCUCUAUUUCACAGUAUAAAUACUCCUAGGAGGAGGAGGGGAGAGGAAAAGAUAAAGAAAAACCUUUUAUAUUUUACAGUUGUCUGGAAGACCAUAUGCAUAUCUGUUGAAAGUGGAACUCUACCGUAAGCUAUCCGAAAGUCGCAAAAAAGUGCUCCCAACAGGAGGUGGAUGGUCUGCUCAAUUUUCCAUUUUGGCUAGGUGCGUCAUUUCCGAUCACGAAAAUAUGUGAUGUCGCUCAUUAUCAAAAUAGUGACCCCACUAAGAGGGCGAAAAGCUGGCCAAUUUUCAAAAUCGAUGUUGUCUAAUAUUUUUGACCUCCAAUGUUUAAUUGGUCAGGAAGUAGAAUUCAGUUCACAACACUUUACGUUGAAAUAGCUACACCCAAGUCAUCUUAUUCCUCCUCAAAACCAAUCUCAGCUCUCUCUCCUUCCUCCUCCUGACAGGUCGCUUCCCACGUCACCUUGUUCGCACAUGCUUUUCUCAUACGACCUCUGAGCAACCGUCUUAGAGAAGCCAUGAGCAGAUUGACGAUGGCGGCAUCUGACGAAGCGUCGGAAGAGCAGCUGUGGAAAGAGCAUGCUCGGAUGUUAUUGGAUAUUGAGACGAAGCAAGACAGGAUCCACGACGCGAUGGAUCGAUUGAUGAUGCAGCAGAGGCAUCUGCUGUGGCAAAUGCGGAGAGGGGGGUGAAAGAGGCACUUUGUGAAAUAGUUUCUUUGGCGGAUGAUCAUGUCUUUCUUGCUGAAUAAGGAACAGAGUUCGAAGAUGAAGAUGAUCUAAAGUCUAGGAGUGCUCGUCUCGUUGUGAUCAUAGGUAGUGAUAGCUUCCAAUCUAAAUACUUAACAACUUCAACAAGGAAGAACUUGAACUUGUGAAUACGGUCACGAUGAAAAUCAAAAUCACGGCGAAUAAAAGCGAAAAGCAUGAUGAAAUUCUCGUUUCGCUCUGGAAGAUCGAGUUCAUGGUGACGAUGGGAAAUCUAAAUGCCAACGAACUAGCUACAAAAAGAAAUUGCACCAGCACAACGGCAGCGCAAAAUUGGAAUUCCUCGCGAAACGAAAAUACACGUUGGUUUCGAUGUUCAGUGUACUGGAGUCUCCUCCUCAUCUUCAGGCUGCAUGUUCAGACUUGUUCUGUUGAAGAAAUAGAUUCUAGCAAUGACAAUGAAACUCAGCUAGCUCCUGAACGACGUGAAUGAUAAAGGCGUUCCUUUUAGUACGACUAC